GUAGGCAGGUAAAGGUGAGCUGCUCUGUCGCGCCUACAACUCAGGGAAGCAUACCGAUGUUUUGUUGACUCCAUUGUUUCUCCAUUUUGAGCCAUCUGCGCAAAGAAAAAAAAUGGUGAAACAAGAGCAGGAGUUAGACAACCGGCCCGACAACACCGCCUUCACUCAGCAGAGGCUUCCUGCAUGGCAGCCUAUGCUCUCAGCUGGCAUUAUCAUCCCAGGGUUUGUCCUCAUUGGUCUGGCAUUCAUCGGCAUUGGUGUCGCCCUGUUUGUCACUUCACGGAGCAUCCAGGUAUUGGAGAUAGACUACACCGGGGUUGCACAAGAUUCACCAUGCUUCAAGUGCUCUGACCCAAAUGCCAAGAACUGCAUGUGCACCAUGGAAUUCUCCAUUGACAGUCUAUUUCAGGGGCCUGUGUUCUUUUAUUAUGGCUUGACGAACUACUUCCAGAACUACAGAAGGUACGGGGUGUCCAAAGAUGCUAACCAGCUGUCUGGAGACCUGGAGUACUUUACGAAUCCCAGUGAUGAUUGCGCUCCCUAUGUGUACGACAACAACAAACCAAUUGUGCCGUGUGGAUCAGUCGCAAACAGCAUGUUCAAUGAUACUUUCAAGCUGUUUCAGAUCGUCAAUGGGGCAAGGAAGCAGGUCCCCCUUGAUGGAAAAGGAAUUGCUUGGUGGACAGACUACAACGUCAAAUACAGAAACCCCAACGUCACACCCCUCAGGAAUGCCUUCAAUGGUACUGUGAAACCCGUAUUUUGGUCAAGGCCUGCUUACGAGCUGGACCCCACAGACCCUGCUAACAAUGGCUUCAUCAACCAAGACUUCCUGGUGUGGAUGAGGAGGGCAGCCCUGCCAAAUUUCAGAAAGCUGUAUCGACGAAUCACAGAGGGGGAUUUUGCAGAGGGUCUCCCAGCUGGAAACUACUCUCUCGAAAUUGCCUACAACUACCCUGUUCUGAGCUUUGAUGGCGAGAAGAAGGUGGUGUUCAGCAACGUGUCCUGGAUGGGUGGAAAGAAUGAGUUCCUGGGCAUUGCCUAUCUCGUGAUUGGUUCAUUGUGUGUCGUCAUGUCUAUCGUCAUGCUCAUUGUCUACGCUAAAUUCAAGUUCCCUGAGGAGGAUUGAGCAUCUGAUCGACUGUAGCUGACUGAGGUUUUAUCAGUCCUGUCAAUGAAUGUUUGUUUCUACUCAAAGGGAUGAUGAAGGCAUUGUUUAGUUCUCAUACCAAAGGCUGGAAUCCACUUAUAAACUGAAAUGUUAUUCUGCUCUGGACUUGAAGGUCGUGUGUUAAGGUGCAGAGGAUGCCUAAUGUCACUUUGUUAUGCAGGACUUGAUGCUUGAGUUUCCUGUUAAUCUGCAAAAUAGGAAACGACUUUGUGAAAACUAAGGCAUUAUUUCCAGUUUGGUACAUGUAUAUGUCAGCUGGCACAUUUCCGAAAUUUCUUUUGCAAGUGCAAGAACACUGUUAGUCAUGUUGUCUAACGUAUGCUGCCAGCAGAACUCUCUUAUUUCUGUUUUUCUUAAACCUGUGCUUCUUUAUCAUAAAAAAGAAAAAAAAAACAAAACAGGUGCAUUCUCAGGUUAGUUCAGUAAUAAUUUUAAAGCCAUAAAUUAUUUAAAAAGCCAUUUAUUAUUACAAGAAAUUACAUUGGAUGUGUGUUGGAUGUGGAACAAAGUUUGCAAAUGACGGUAAAAAUUGUGACCGUAUUGCUCAGGGAUACGGUGCAUAGGCUCUCCAUCUUGGGCUGUUUUCAUGCUUAUAAUUGUUUUAUCUUUUGUUAUUCUUUGGAACUGAGGUUUUACUAUAUGCUGAUGGAUUUUUAAUAAACACCAAAAUCACCAAGGCACCUCCCUUCUUGUCUUAUUAGGACAUUUACAUGGUCAACAGCAUCUUGCUAUUUUUCACUUAUUUUUUCACUGUUUGUGGGUUUCAGCAGUAAGGUGAGCUUUCUGCUACUACUGAGUCGUCGUCCCCUGUUUUUCUACUUCUCGCUAUUAAAUUCAAAUGUUGUAAUUUAAACUUUUCAGAUCUAGGAUAGCAUGUUAAGAUUGGACCCUCCCAAAAACUCUAUUUAGUGCAGUACAUCCAAUUUGUAAGCUUUGAAGGGAGUUCUUUCUUAGGUGACUCAAGUCGAACAUCAAUGUACACUAUUAUUCAUGAUGGUGAUGAUCUAGAAAUUAAUAUUGAUUCUGAAAAAUUGAACUAAUGCAUGCAUUGCAUUCAUUUUUAUUGCCAUGACUGUGCAAAAAGUGCAUUUAUGAUAAUAAAGCCCGUCAAAUAGUU